GAUUUCAGCGCCUAUAAAUACCCGUCUCUGUAUAGUGUGCAUGUAUCUCAAACUCUCUCUCUCUCUCAAUCUCGAAAAUGAUCGAUUUCAAAUCUGAAGAACAAGCCCAGCUCCAGCUCGUUGAAAGAGACGAUCUGGAAGACGAGGAAGAUUGCUUCGAAUCGAUCGAGAAACUGAUUUCUCAGGGAAUCAAUGCGGGAGAUGUCAAGAAGCUUCAAGAUGCGGGAAUCUACACAUGCAACGGGCUGAUGAUGCAUACAAAGAAGAGCUUGACGGGGAUAAAGGGAUUAUCAGAGGCGAAGGUCGAAAAGAUCUGUGAAGCAGCUGAAAAGCUUGUGAACUACGGUUAUAUCACUGGAAGCGAGGUUCUGCUCAGAAGGAAGUCGGUGAUUCGAAUUACAACCGGAAGCCAAGCCCUAGACGAGCUUUUAGGCGGCGGGAUCGAGACACUAUCGAUUACAGAAGCAUUCGGGGAAUUCCGGUCCGGAAAAACUCAGCUGGCACAUACGCUCUGCGUGUCUACCCAGCUUCCGAUCAGCAUGCACGGAGGCAAUGGGAAGGUUGCCUACAUCGACACGGAAGGAACUUUCCGACCAGAUCGAAUAGUCCCGAUUGCAGAACGGUUUGGGAUGGAUGCUGGAGCUGUUCUCGACAAUAUCAUCUAUGCGCGAGCCUACACUUACGAGCACCAGUUCCAGUUGCUUCUUGGCCUCGCUGCCAAAAUGUCCGAAGAGCCUUUCCGACUUCUGAUCGUGGAUUCGGUAAUCGCUCUCUUUCGAGUGGAUUUCACGGGAAGAGGUGAGCUCGCCGAUCGGCAGCAAAAGCUGGCGCAGAUGCUCUCACGGAUAACAAAAAUCGCGGAGGAGUUCAACGUUGCGGUUUACAUGACCAAUCAAGUAAUCGCCGAUCCGGGUGGAGGGGUUUUCAUAUCGGAUCCAAAGAAACCGGCUGGAGGGCACGUGCUGGCACACUCUUCCACCAUUAGGCUGAUGUUUAGGAAAGGCAAAGGCGAGCAGCGCGUCUGCAAGGUCAUCGACGCUCCUAAUCUGCCCGAGGCCGAGGCUAUAUCCUCUCUCUAACUACCUUAUCUUUUGUUGUUUUAAACGCUUGAGAUUCGCAAUGGCUACUGCCGUACCCAAUCACAGAUAGAUGUCCAACAUGGCAACUUUGUGAGAGAUCUGGACUGUCCAUCAGAUAACCCGCCGGAACAAAAAUAGGCCAUCCUGCUCAUGAGUUGGGUUACUCCUGCAGAACGUGGUCCGUGAGUCAAAAUUCUUUAUUUGACCUGAAUUUUGGAUCAUGGCCACAUAAGAGCCGCGUCUAUCUUAUGGACUGCAUGGAUAUUGCACAAAUAUGCCACGUUGGCAUAUGAGCCACAAGUAGGUAUUUUAUAAUAGAGAUGUGCGCCCGGUGGUCUAGACCCUUUAUCAGCAAGGCUCCCAAAACGUGGACGCGAUUUCCUACUGACCUUGUCAGUAGCCACAAGCUACUGGGCGGUGCUCUGUGAGCCUAACCAUGAUGUAUGUGUUUUAUCCAUGCCGUCUACCUUUUUUCAAACAGAUAAUUU